UACUCUGUUCUGAAGUUCAUGAUCGUCUGGAUGCUGGUGCUGUUAGCUGACUUUGUUCUGGAGUUCAGACUGGAAUACCUGUGGCCAUGUUGGCUCUUUCUAGGGACCGUCUACACCACAUUUCACUGUCAUGGACUGGCCAUCUGUGUUGUUUUCGUGUGUGCAGCAGUUACCCUGGACUUAUUCUGUUUCAUUUUUGUACCCUUACACUGGCUGUUUUUUGCAGCCAGCACAUAUGUCUUACUCAACUAUAUGUGGCAUACAGAAAAGGGAAUCUGUAUGUCAACUGUGACAUUAUGGAUACUCUUAGUGUAUAUGGAGGCCUCUCUACGGUUGCGGGACCUGAAAAGCCCUCAUGCAAAUCUGUCCCAUCUAUUUGCUGCACACUGCAUUGGUUAUCCGCUAGUGUAUAUGGGAUUUGAUGUAACAUGCUACUUCUCCAGUGUGUUUAAGCUGCGCACUCAGAAAUCAGUUCAGAGUGAGAAUGACCUCCACAUGGAUGUCCUGCAACAAUCCCUACCUCCUUACAUGCACCUGUACCCAAAAUUGUGGAUGGAAGAUCCCAAAUAUAGGGUGGCCAAAUCUAGGCCGACGCAAUACCAGUGUCCAUCCGAUUCCAUCACCUCAGAGGACAAACAAAACAUGGAAGACUGCCUUCAAAUCCACAGACUUCCUGCAAGACCCGAAAGAGACACAAAUCCACAAACUCCAGGACCCAAGCACCGUGGAGGUGAACUUCAUUUGGACUCUACGUCCAUGCUAGAAAUGACUGAAAGCCUACCUCAGGAGGAUCAGAGCAGCAAAGCUCAAAGACCCUCCAAGAGCUCCUUGCCUAAAGUGCAUCGAGGUUCAGUGAAUAUCCCUAACAGCAAAGGGGAGAAGAGGCAGAAAGCCCCCAAAGCCAUCAACACAAUAGGGGACUCUGCUGAAAAGUGCUCGUCAAACAUCUCCCCAAGUCCUCCGAACCCACAUGCUGAGCAGAUGCUGAAGCUGGAACAAGAAAUGAGGAAGCUGAAGGGAGAGCUGCAGGCGAGCAGACAGAGCGAGCAAGAGCUGCGCAGUCACAUUUGUAAUCUGACCAACAGUGAACACAGUCUACGCCCUGAAGUCUCUCUGCUCAGACAUGCAAAUGAACUGCUGCAAAACAAGAUUCAGUGUCUCACAAAAUCCAGACAGAAGGACAAACAAAACUGUUCCUUGCUGGAAAAGAAAAUCAGAAUGGAAACAGAGGCUCGAGUUGCAGUAGAAAAACAACUUGCAGAAGUCAGAGCCCAAAAAUUUGAUGAAGCAACGAUUUUACUUCGGAGCGCAUCACACAGGCAAGAACACAGUGAAACUCAAAUGUUGAGGAAAAAAGCUAAAGAUCUAGACUCCGAGUACAAACAACUACAGCUGGAAUAUCAGGAGAAAGAAAAUCGAAUGAUAGCUCUAGAGAAUGAAGUGGAGACCCUCCAGAGGAACAGAUGCACGGAGCAGGAAGCGGACGCUUUGCUCUCAGUUCUCUCCUCCUUGCAGGACAAGGUUCAGCAUCUAGAGUACAACCUGAGUGCAGAAACCCGUCUCAAGCUAGACCUCUUCUCUGCGCUCGGAGACGCACGCAGACAGCUGGAGAUAGCGCAAGUUAAAAUUCUGAAACAAGACCACGAGGUCAAAGAAAUGAAACAGAAGCUUGCUGAAGCGAUGGCCGUGGCUCCAGGUAUGUCAUACAUGGCCCCCAGGUCCUCUAUGCCUCAGUACCUCAAGUUCUUAAACUCUGAGCGCUACAUGCUGAAUCCCAGAGCACUCAUGUACCAGUGUCUUAAGAAAUAAGACCAGCGAGGACAAAUCGGACGGGGCGGCCUUUGAAGGAUUGUUUUGACUCAACAUUCCAAACAUGAGGGCAUCUCUGCUUCAAGGUUUGCCCAAAAACGUUGCCUUUUGACAAUGCCAACAGCCAGCCUCGGGUGCGUCUAUGGCUGUGUUUACUGAUUUCAGCAGAGAUACUGAGGCCGCUUAUAGGUGACCUUGCUUUGAGGUUCUUUCCAGAUGAAAUCAAAGUUGACUGUAAAUACAUUGUUGACCAGCGGAUGACCAUCGAUUGCUGAGCAAACCGCUGCAAGCUGCGUAAACGGCAAGAUAUCAGUUUAAUAGAAAGUGUGAACUUGAUGAGGAGCAGUUUAUCAUGAGGACAGGAUAUCCUGUGUUGGGUUUCAAAUGAAGAGGCUCUUCUUCAGCCAUGACAAUAACAGGCCAAUGCCUCACUUGGUCAUUCUGUGCCUCAUUAUUCAUGUGAAUUCAAUUUAUAUAGCAAGCCAAUAUCAAACGUAAGUCAGUAUGUGAAUAUUCGAGUGCUUUGUACCGUUUUGUAUUCUUUUUACAUUACACACGUUACAACAGAAGUGACCAAAACAAAAAAAACAAAAAAAAACGAAGUUUGUAGGGUUUCAUGUUUCUGAAAUUGUUGCCUUUUUUAUGUAUCAAUGGGAUGUUUUUUAUGAGAAGUUUAUUUUUCUGGAUUGACAUACUUUUUUUUUCCCUAAACCAAAAUGAAAUAAUGGUUUAAUUUUGUAAUUCUGCUUGUUGGUCU